GGUCACAUGGUGCGGUUAUACGCCGUCUGGCACGGUGGCCAUGCUGUCAGGCCCGUCCAGUGUGACUGCGUCACGGGGAUGUAUAUAGUGCUCCACAGAUCAGAUAGCCGGGAUAUACUGCCCGCUCCUCACCGUGUGAUCGCUUCAUGAUCGCCUGCCUGCCGCAUCGUGUGCACAGCUCCAUAGAGACCUCCGCGCAUCUAGCGAAAGAUUUGCUUCAUCCCUCCUUGGAGGAGGAAAGGACUAGGCAUAAGAAGAAGAGGUUAGUCCAGAGCCCAAAUUCCUACUUCAUGGAUGUGAAAUGCCCAGGCUGCUAUAAGAUCACUACAGUUUUUAGCCAUGCACAAACCGUUGUGCUUUGUGUAGGUUGUUCUACUGUUCUGUGUCAGCCCACAGGCGGAAAAGCGAGGCUCACAGAAGGUUGUUCCUUCAGACGAAAGCAACACUGAACUGUUUGGAUAGGAUCUGCCGCACCUUCCAACUUACCCCUCAGGAUGAUUUGCCUUAUGUCAGGUCUCCACUCUCCUUGCUGUGGAUAGUACAUAAUCUCGUUUGCUUUUGUAAUUCAGGGAGAUUUUUUUGCUGUUGGAUUUUGAAUAUGUGCAAACCAUUUCCUAAAUAAAUGCAGAAUUGCAGUUAACUGUU